AUGAAGAAGGGCAAGUGCGAGCUCUUCAAGGACGUCGCCAAGGCCAUCAAAACGGAGUUCGAAGCGAAAUAUCCCGGCUCCUGGCACGUCAUCUGCGGCCGCGACUUUGGCUCUCACGUCACGCACGAGGUCAGGAACAUCCUCUUCUGCAGCAUGGGGCGCAUAAAUCUCCUCAUCUUCAAGCACGGCUGA